AGUUGUGAACACAACUUGAGGCGAGAAGAUGGCCUAGGUUCACCGUAUCAUGUUACUCACCUGUUUUUAUUUCACAACCAAAAUAAUAACCAUAUUGUAGUUUUUUAGAUGUUCCUGCUUAUGUUUUUUGGAUUAUUUUGUUUGGAGCAGUAUUUUGUUGGGGACCCUCAGAUUUGUUAGUUAUUCAUGCGGUUUAAUUGAGAAUGGCUGGUUUGCAGCCAGUAUUGAACAGCCAGCAGCUGCUUAAGUUGAAAGAGCAUAAAUAUUCGUGUGUAAACAAUUCGUUUUUGGACAAAUAUCUGAACCCAUGGUGGAUAUGGGUGGAAUUGAAAGUCCCGGUGUAUAUCCAUGCGAACGCGCUAACGCUGGUGGGACUUGCUGUAAACCUUAUUACCACACUCGUACUGGUGUAUUACAGUCCGGAUGCCAAGAUCUCGGCGCCUGCAUGGACUUAUAUGUUAUGUUGUACGGGGAUUUUUAUUUAUCAAACGCUGGAUGCGAUAGAUGGGAAGCAUGCAAGACGAACAAAUACCAGCUCGCCGCUUGGCGAAUUAUUCGAUCAUGGAUGUGACGCAUUAUCCACUCUUUUUGUGGUUGUGGGCAUUUGCAUCACACUGAAGUUGGGGGAAGAACCCCUAUGGACCAUCUUUUUCGUCUUCUCCGCUAUUGCCAUUUUUUACGUUGCACACUGGCAGACUUACGUAACCGGAAGCCUGCAGUUUGGAGUGUUCGAUGUGACAGAAAUACAGUAUGUUUGUAUGAUGCUCCACAUUGUGACUUUUUUUGGCGGAACAUCUAUCUGGAAAACUGAGAUAUUCAGCACAGGAAUAGUACUUGGCGAUAUAACGCAUUGGAUAUUUGCCAUUGGUGUUGUGCUAAACUGCUGGAAUAAAGCGUGCAUUAUUCUUGCCGGUGGACCUGGACGGAAUGGCUCGGCGGUUGGUAAUAUGAGUAUAAUUGCUCCGUUCUUCCCAUUGGUUUUGGUGCUGUGGCAAGCGUACUAUUUGUUUAACCAUUCCGAGGAAGUGGAACAGAAUUUGUUGGUGUAUAUUUUUGCGUUUGGAAUGGUGUUGGCUAAAGUGACAUGUCGAUUAGUGAUAGCCCACAUGACACAGAGCGAGAUGCGACUAUUCGAUACAGUUUACGCUGUUCCAUUACUUAUGAUUGCUCGCGAUUACUGGAAUAUUUUGAAGUUCAUUCCGGAAUAUUGGUUGCUGUGGGCAUGUGUUAUUCAUGCUACGUUGGAUCUUUGUGUGUACUCUGUUAGAACUUGUUUGGAAAUCCGAGAUUACCUGGGAAUCAGAGUGUUUUCGAUGGAACCUCUUCCGACGCCCGGCUACCUGAAAACUUCUGCCUCGUUGCAGAAGCGAAGCGCUCCAUCUCGCAUAAACAUUACACGGGACGGGGCUCUGAGACAGCCGGGAUCGCCGCGCACUAGGCCUUGACGGGCAUUGUCGUUGCAUUUCUUCUGGGUGAUAGAUUAUGAAAGAUAGAAUUGAUGUUAAUUUUUACCACUGUAUGUUUUCGGAUUGUAGUUUUGUUCCCUUUGAAUUCCCGUUUGUUUUAUUCCUGGCGUUUAUCGCACUGCUUUGAGAAGUCAUUAGUUGAUGCGGUAGAAAUUCUUGUUGCCGAGAUUUGUUUUUGAAACGAGUAAAUGCGUUGAACUGAAAAACGCCACAGAGUCUUGGGUAGCCUUUGGAGAAGUUUGCAAAAAUAGAA